CUGCGUGGGACUGGCGUUCAGUGAAACCGACACUGGAUUCAGUGGUAGCAGGCGUCCGCGUUUCACCAUUGUUUUGUUUUGCUUCAGUCUAUUCGAAACCACAUGGAAACACCGGGAAUAAAGGAUGUUUCGCCACGCCGCGACGUUUAGUCGUUGUCAUCUGCGAGAAGAAGAAGAAGACGACUUUCUGAAUGAACCACCGGUAUUCAUUUACCCGCCCGAGCCUUUGGCACUCGAACGCACCACUCGCUGUGGAUACCGCCGGGGAAAUGCGUUAAAUUAAAUAGAAACAUCGGUCGUCUGCUGUCCUGUGUUGCUCGUACGAGACGCUUCUUAUGGCUUUUACCAGCAGGACGACAUAAGGAGCCUCAUCACGUCACAUCCCGGUUAGAUAUGGCAGUCAGCACAACGGAGCCGCUCUGUCAGCCCUGCGUCUAUCAUGAAGAUUUUAAAGUGGAGCUUCAGGUGAGGCGACCUCUGAUGCCUGUUCGCCUGAGUCCUGAGCAGGUGGGGCUGGAGAUGCUGUGUCUCUGUGGGCAACUGGACCUCCUCAUCAGGGCGCAGAUGCAACAGUUCCAGGAGCAGUUAGGUCAAGGCUGUAGCCCAGAAGAGUCGGACACCUUUCAGAGUGAAGGAUCAGAGAUUCUUGACCAAAUGCUGCAGUGCCUUGAACAUCUACCAAAGCCUAUGCCACAGCUAGAGGACUACCUGGACAUGGUGGGCCUCUCAGCCAUGUUUCCUCGUGUCGAGGUCUUCCUUAUUCAAGGCAGCCCUGUUGAUAUGCUGGAUCGGCCGCUGAUGGAUGAAUACUUCUUCCAUGUCGCCAAACUGAACCAGCUGCUGGUGCUGAGUCAGCAGCUGGAGGAGGACAUCAGGCACCUGGGUAGUCAUAAAUACAUAGCCCACCAGCUCUCAGUUAUAUAUCAAGUCAUCAGCUCUUUCAGGGGAAUCCAGGUCUUUUCAGAAAUAAAGAAGGACAUUGAGACCAACUUCAAACAGAUGAAGCAGUCUCUGAUGGCGGAGGAAGGCUGCAGGCACGAGCCUCAGCUGACAGCUCAUUACAUCAGCUGGAUUUUGGAAAUAACGAAAGGCCUAACGUCGCUGGUUCUGUCACUGCCAGAGGAGUUGACAGAGGACCUUCAUCAGGCUUUCACCUUUGUGUCUCAGUUCCUGUCCUAGAAGCAGAGUCACCCCCACUAACAUCCCAGUAACUCCAGUAAGAAUCUGGCUACUAACUGAACUGAACCAUGACUGACUUUUAAAAAGGUGCUAUGCCAUUUGAUUCAACUCAACAACGAAGAGCUGGACAGCCUAGAUUACUUACAGAUAAUGUAGAGUUUUUGUUAUUUUGUCGUUCUCGUGUUUGGGACUGAAUGACUGCUUGAUGAAGCCACCCUUGCACUACUGUAAUUACAACUUUUUUUUUUUUUUAAAUACCAUGGAAGAAUAAAAUUCAUUAAAAUGAA